AUGGGGCAGCGCUGCCAUGGCGCGGUUACCGUUGCUCUCUGCCUAGUUUGCUUGAGGGAGGUCACCAGAUGUUUCCUGACUUCGUCGCCGUCCCCGGGGCUCCGACGACGUGACCACGCGUUGCACUGGCUGGUCGCGACUGGGUUCGCGCCAGCAGCUGAAGCUUUCGAAGGUGAUGCAGCCUGCAUUCGGGAGGCUGCCAGGAUGCAAACGCUCCAAGAUCCAGUCCUUGCCCCAAGCUUGUUGCGGCUGGCCUUCCAUGACGCAGCCACCCGUCGACAGGGGGACAGCCGCCGCCAGGGCCCCAAUGGAUCGAUCCGCUUUGAAUUGAUGCGGGAUGAAAACUACGGCCCGUCCAUGGCUGCUGCGCUGGCAGCCGUGGAGAAUAUCGUGCAACGGUGCAGGGUGAGCUGGGCGGAUGCCAUUGCUGUUAGUGGUGCUGCCGUUGUUGAGGCCAUGGGAGGGCCUGUGAUAUCCGUGGAAACCGGGAGGUCGGAUGCUACGGAACCUGAUGCUGACAAACGCUUGCCUGACGGCACUCUGACUUCCGGGGCGAUCCGGGACUACUUCCGUCAGCUUGGGAUGUCCGACGCCGAGCUGGUCGCACUUCUUGGGGCUCACACUGUGGGACGAUGGACGUCCUUGUUGGAUGUGCGUCCAGACUGCCUCGACAAGGAGGGCCGGGCCUUCUGGACCUGCUCCCGGGAGCAGGGCCGGCGGCUUCCCUUUACAGAGAGCCCGGCAGCUUUCAACAACGAAUACUUCCGGGAGGUCCUCCUCUGGGAGCAGCGGCAGAAGAUGCCGAAGCCCAAAACGCGCUACAAGGAGCGAGCAGAGAGCGAGAAGAGCUCGCCGUUGAAUCUGCUCCCCUCGGACAUCGGGAUGCUUUUCGACCCCGGGCUCCACAGUCAGGUGGAGAAGUUCGCAGCAGACGAAGCCGCGUUUUUUGCUGCAUUCGCCAGUGCUUAUCGGUUCACCAUGCGUGACCGACAUCGUCAGGCCCCCGCCUCCAGCCUGAACGUCCCCCUCGGUUCUGCUUUCCGCCGGUCCGUGGGAAGUGAGGGGGGCUUCACGCCAGGCGCUUCCAGCAGUGCAGCAGGGCUCCUGAUGCAGGCGGAAGAUGGAUCCUUGCUCACGACCGAGACCGAGGCCGUGCCUUCAAGCUUUCUGCGGCCGUGCGGGAGCAGUCCCGGAGCUGCAGCGGCCAGCCUCAACCCACGCGUCUUCGGCCGCCGUGAGGCAGAGCGCAACGCUCAGGCGUCUUGCGACCGUUCUACAACCGUUUCGAUUAAGUUGGCUGAAUGUCAUCACACGCUGCGACUCUGCAACGGCCAAGCGAAGGACCUGCGAGCUCAAUUCUACCAAGGCACGCGCGGUGCCCUCGUUGCUGAUGCCCUCGCCUAUGGAAGCUGCACCGAGUUUCAUGUGCCGACCUGCCUGUCUGACGAGAUGCGCAUGGAGUUCUUUGAGUUGGACGCCGGCGGCCAGGAGAACUGGCUGGCGGCUUCGGUCUUCGGUCGUGGCAUGCCGGCACAGAGGGCAAUCUUGCAGCAGGUCGCCCACGACAAUUACUUCGCGGCCUUCGGGGUACCACGCGAGUGGUUGCCAAGGAUCCUGGUGUUUGCCAGCCAUGCCUGGGUCUCGGGCUACGUCCUGGAGCUGCGCACAGACCAGAACCAGAAAAUCGACCUGCGCCACGGAGACUCGGUGCAGCUCCGGUCGUCGAAGUCCUAUGAGGUGGUGCUCACGCCGAGAGAGCGGGGAGGUCAGAAGCCGUGCCGCGAGGCCGCCUUGGACUUCCUGGCGCGGCCUGGGCAGCUCCACAGUGUGAUGUACUUCCGAGGCGAAGCAACUGGCAAGGAGGGGCUGUUUCUCUAUCCAGGAGAUGCAGGCGAUGCGGGGUCUGCGGAAGCAGCCGAUCCCGCUCCCUGGCGCGACUGCGAGGACAUGUCCCCUGCCAUCCUGGAAAGUCCUUGGCCUCGAGAUCACAGGAAUGCGCAAAUGGGCGAUCGCGGCCUCGUCUUGACAAAUCUUUUCCAUUUGCUUGACCAGGACCGGAACCUCCUACUCGACACUUCGGAGCAGGCGCAGCUGCUGCGCCAUGCGCCUGCGGAGCUGGCAGGCAACAUCCGGAGAUGGGAGAGACGGUGGCGGAGGGAGUCAGAUGCUGCCGGCAACAUCAACUUUUCCAUGUUUCUGGCCGCCGUGGAGCACACGCAGGCCCUCAGUCUCGGCAAGGUUCUUCGGAGGCUGCGGCUAGAAGGGGAAGCGCAUCCGGCCCCGCAAAAGCCGCGCCCUGCCUGGUGGGGACUUGGUACGUCUUGGGGAGCGCCUGAGGGUCCGAAUCCCGCCUGCUGGAGCGAGGCCCUUCGUUAUGCCGAUUGCUGUGACGACAAGUCGAACACUACAUGCUGGACCCAAGACUACGACUGGGAACUGUGCUGCGCGGAGCCCGAGCCCUGGCAGAUCUGGGAGACGCCUCCUCCGCCCGAGCAGCCCGGAGGCCCAAAUGGUGCAGACAAGGCUCCUCUCAGCCAGCUCAUGCUGGAAGCUGGGUCAGACAAGGCUCAGAACGGCUACUGCCCCAUCUACGAAGUGCUUCUCCAGCCGUUGAAGGUUCAGCGGCUGCUCGAAGUGGGAUUGGGCACGCAAAAUCCAGACUCAUUGAGCUCCAUGGCAGGCCUGGGGCCCGGUUUCCGGCCCGGCGGAUCCCUGCGAGCCUGGAGGGACUACCUUCCCCAGGCCUUUAUCUACGGUUUGGAUGUGAUGCCGGAUGCCAUGGUGCGCGGUGAGGCCCGGAUUCGGAGCGCACUUGCAGACUCUGCGAACGAAGGGCAUGUGGCCUCCGUAAUGAAGUCCUGGGGUUUUGCCAGCGCUCCUGGCCCUGGCACACCUCGCGGGGUCUUCGAUGUUAUGGUGGACGAUGGGUUGCACUCGCCAGAGGCACAGAUAGCAACGCUUGGCAGCCUGUGGCCUUGGCUAAAGCGCGGAGGGAUCUUUGUCAUUGAGGACAUUAACGAUGGCAAGCCUAUGUUGCAGCGAGCAUCUGCUGCCAUCGAAGGCAUUGUCGGCAAGGCCCUGUGGUUGUAG